UCAUUCAUUAAAUCCUUUAAUCUAAUGAGUGCUUCCUUAUUACUUGAUGCUUUAAGAAGACAUGAUCUGCAAGAUUAUUAUCCAAAUUUAUCUUCACAAGGAAUAUUUAAAAUAGAUAAACUUGCGGAUGUAAGUGUCAAUUUAAUUUUGAUCUUAUAAUGACUAACUUUUGCGCACUAGUUAUCUGAAGCUGAAUAUUCAAAAAUAGGAGUACGUUCUGCAGAAGAUAAAACUAAAUUUUUAGCACUAGUUAAAGAUAUGAAAGAUAUUCUUCGAUCAACUACUUCAAAACCUAAAUUAAAUGAAACAGCUAAAAAACGACCUUUAUCAUCCAACAAAAUAAUUCCUGAUAGACGAACUAGACGCAUGACUAUUGCGCCACAAUCCAUUCCACAUACACCACCCGCUAAAAUGUCUGCUCGAGAUCGUCGCCUUUCCUAUUUACCCUAUCCCUCAAGGAGAAGUUCCAUGCUACAUAAACCACCCACACAUAAUUUAAAAACUUCAAGCAGUCCUCAAAAACAAAAGCCAGUAGCAAAGCCCAAAAUCCUUCAAAUAGAUAAUAUGACUUCACCUAUAGAAAUGCCUAAAGAAUCUCCUCCAGAACGUGUAUCAACAAGACAAUUAGAUGCAUAUGGUAUACCCAUUCAUAAUCGCCAAAAGACGAAUCAUAAUAUGCAUUCCUAUAACUCAUUGGAUGAGUAUUUACUAUCCAAAUCAAAAACGACAGCACCAACAGUAAAAGCUCCUAUAACAGCAAAUUAUUCUAAUGACUUGCAACAACGUAUUCGUGUUUGUGUAAGGAAAAGACCAUUAAAUAAAAAGGAAAUAAGCAACCAGGAAAUUGACAUUGUACCAUUGGUUGGAAGUCGUACAAUUCAACUCAAUGAGCCAAAAACACGAAUUGAUUUAACUCGCUUUACAGAAAAACAUACAUUCACAUUUGAUGAAGCAUUUGAUAGUGAUGCUACAAACAUAGAGAUUUAUGCAAAGACUGCUCAACCAUUAGUAGAAUAUAUUUUUACUGGUGGAAAAGCUACUUGUUUUGCUCAUGGUCAAACAGGUUCUGGAAAAACACAUACAAUGCUUGAUCCUCAAAAUGGACUUUAUGUCUUGGCAGCCCAGGAUAUUUUCCGAAUGUUAUCAACCUCUAUCUACUCACAUUUAACAGCUUAUGUUGGAUUUUAUGAAAUCUAUCAGGGACAAUUAUUCGAUUUACUAAAUAAUAAGACAAAAUUAACAGCUAGAGAAGAUGGUAACGGUAAUGUUGUUAUCGCAGGUCUUCGUGAAUACCCAGUUACAAAUGUAGAAGAUUUAAUGGACGUUUUUGAAUACGGUAAUAAAGGAAGAACAACAGGAAAGACAGGCGCAAAUAAUAAAUCAUCUCGUUCGCAUGCCGUUCUUCAUAUUGUAUUAAAAUCCAACAACUCAAAAAUUUAUGGAAAAUUGAGUUUUAUUGACUUGGCAGGAAGCGAGCGAGGGGCAGAUAGAGGAGAAGCUAACACGAAAACAAGAUUAGAAGGUGCUGAAAUUAAUAAAAGUCUUUUAGCCUUAAAAGAAUGUAUUCGUGCUUUAGAUCAAAACAAGAAUCAUACGCCUUUUAGAGGAAGUAAAUUAACUCAGGUUUUACGAGAUUCGUUUACUGGUAAUUCUCGAACAUGCAUGAUUGCAACCAUAUCUCCAAAUAAUUCAAAUAGUGAACAUACUUUAAAUACGCUUCGCUAUGCUGAUAGAGUAAAGCAACUUAAAGGAGAAUCAGAUCCACGAUUAUUAGGAGAUUAUGGGUCCAAUUUAGAGAAUAAAAAAAUGAACCACGAUUUUGAAAUGAAUAAUUCAGUAGAUAGUCAAAGUUUAACGAACUCAGAUGCCAUAUGGGAAGAGGAAGCAUCUGAAAACCUAUUUGAAGUUGAUUUUCCUACUGAAGUUGAACACAACGCUCUUAAUACACCCACACAUGAACGAUUUUAUAGUUCAGUUGAUAUAUCCUCAUCUAGUACAACAGCAGCAGCAACAGCAGCAGCAGCAGCAGCAGCAGCAGCAGAACGUCAACAAAAAUUCCUUCAACGACUUGAGUCACCACCCUCUGAAGUAUUUGAAGAUCAUCCUUUUUUCUCUUCUUUACCCGAACCAAAGUCAGAUGUGACUAACAGGAUACGUCGUUUUAUACGUUUACAUAAGCUACAAGUAAAAGAAAUGGAAGCAUGUAUUGAAAAUGAAAAAAAGUUAAUUGCAAAACUAGCUUCAACAAUACCAAAUGAAUUCGAUCUAAAUGAUGAAGACGAAGUUGAAGAUCAAAAGUGUAAAGAGGAAUUUGAAGUCUAUUUGAAUGAUUUAGAGGAAAUUAUGGAUAAAAAGUCAGGUUUGAUAAAUGCCGUUUCACAACAAAUUAAAGAGGAAUUAAUUUAAGUAAAUAAAUAAAUAAAACCAAAAAAUUUUUUUUUCUUUAUUAAUUAUAUUAUAUACU